GUCCCACCCCCGAAGCCAAAGCUAAAGCCAGAGCCAGAGCCAGAGCCGUGCUGCAGAGUCUCUCCAGUUUUGCCCACUGCACGCUCUUCCUGACUGUCGCCGACCACGCAGGCAAACAGUGUCAUGAUCGACUAACUGCUUUCAUUCACGCGUUUAGUUGCGGGUUCCUGUGCUUUUGAACGAACUUGAAGAAUACAUUCUCGGACGAGGAGGUCAGUGCACGUCCGCUACAGCAGCAGUCAGAGGACAUCAAAGACUGUUACAGGACACAAUGCCGGAUCAAGCUUCAGAAAUUGUCGCCUUCCUCGGCCCCAGGGCAACGUACACUCACCAGGCCGCUCUAUCAGUCUUCUCCGCAGACAAGUAUAACCUGCAGCCAAGAAUCAACAUUGCAGACGUCUUCAGCGCCAUACAAAACGGAGAAGUGCGAUAUGGAGUUGUACCAUUUGAGAAUUCCAGCAAUGGCUCGGUGAUAUUCACUCUGGACCUGUUCGUCGACGCCCAGAACCGUCAUCCAGAUAUUCUCGUCGAAGGCGAAAUCUACCUUCCUGUGCACCACUGCUUACUUGCCAAACCUGCACGCUCGGACAGCAAGCUUGCAGCGUCAUCAUCAUCAAUAUCAGAGCGAGAAAGAGCAUUCCGAAAGUUUCCCGACGAAGCAUCCGGAACCUGCACACCGACACAAGCAGCUCCCAUCCCACCCAAGCCCCGAGUGAAGCCGAACCAAGACAUUUCCCACAUCACAAAACUCUACUCCCACCCGCAGGCGUGGGGGCAAUGCAAACUCUUCCUCAACACCUAUCUCAAAGGCAUCGAGCAACAAGACGUGUCCAGCACCAGUCGAGCAGCAGAACUAGUCGCUCAAGACGAAACAGGCACGAGUGCAGCCAUCAGCAGCAGAAUCGCAGGAGAUGUCAAUAAUCUCGAUAUCCUCGCCGAAGGCAUCGAAGAUAAAGAAGGAAAUACUACCCGUUUCUUCAUCUUGCGUAAUCGUCAAGACGUCUUCGCCACUGCUGCUUCUCAAUCGCCUAUCUCCGAGCCUAAUUCUAGUAGCGCCGUAGCAUCAACUGCCUUGCACAACACACUCGAUGACAGAGAAGACGACGACAACAACGAAAAAGAAGAAGAUGAAGAACAAAAAUACAAAACCCUCAUCUCUUUUACUGUAAACAACCAUAGCGAACCCGGUGCACUAGCAGAUUCCCUCGCAGUUUUCAAAAAAUACCAUCUCAAUCUCUCGAGUAUCAACAGUCGACCCAGCACCGAAAGCGCGUGGCAUUAUGUGUUUUUUGUGGAAAUUUUGGGUCGGAAAUUGCACAGAGAAGGAGUAGAAGGAGGGGGGAAAGUGAAUCGUGCUCUGGAGGAAUUGGGUGCGGUGGCUAGGGAGUGGAGAUGGUUGGGGAGUUGGGAGAAUAAACUUGCUGCUGCUGCGUGAGUGGAAAAAUGGCGAUACGGCGAUGUGGGUGGUAAAAGUAGAAUAUGUGGAUGAGUGGGAG